UCUAUCAUUCAAAGGUUCAUUUUAUUGUCAAAGUUACACAUGUACAACUGGUAUUUGUCUUCUCCAGAUAGGCAUGAAAUACAGAAAGAAAAUAUAUCAACUUUUUCCCCCAGCAUGAAAAAGAAGCAAAACUUGCAGAAUCCAUAAUCCCCCCACCACCUCCCCUGCAGAAAAAAAGUGACAAUAGCAAUCUUUAACUCCCUCACCAGCAGGAAAAAAAGUGACAAUAACAAUCCCCAACCUCUUCACUUGCAGAAGAAAAAUCACCAACAAUUACAAUCCCCAACCCAUAUAACUCAUGGACUUCCAGGCACCAAUGGUCUCUGUCCUAUGUGCUACUGAGACCUAGGAGGCACCUAAAGGCAUGGAAGGAUACCACAAAAGCUGUUUCUGCACAAUUCUCCAAAUCCACUGGAAACGCAGGAAACCAGUGGCCACCACAGUAGUGUAGCUAGGGGCAUCCGAGUUCAGAGUUCAGUUCCAUUUGUAAGGAGUCUCUGUACAUCCUCCCUGUGGAAUGCGUGGGUUUUCCCUGGGUGCUCUGGUUUCCUCCCACAGUCCAAAGGUGUACUAGUUAGGUUAAUUGGUCAUUGUAAGUUGUCCCAUGAUAGGGUUGGGGUAAAUUGGGACUACCGGGGCGUCACGGGGAGGGGUGUGGUUUGAAGGGCAGAAAGAGCUACUCUGUCCCAUAUUGCUAAAUAAAUAGAUAGAUAGAUAAGUGUCAGUGACAUCUCCCAGAUAAAGAUCGCCAGUACUCAGGCUGCAAUUGCACUCAGUCAGCUCCAGGCAUAAGCCAUGCUUUUCAUUUAUCCAGCAACAGACUCCCAAAGCAGACUCUGUUCUGAACUUUGUCAUGUGAAAGGGUGGUGAGGAAAAAAUGUUUUCAAAGUCUCCUUAAAACAAAUACAACAUUCCCACUAACUUGUAAGAUGCCCUGCCACAUGCUUGUUCCAAGAGAAGAGGAAGCAGUCAGAAGUAUAAAGGGCACACCUCAUGACAAAUUGCCAUUGGCCCAUUUUAUCAUCUGUGGAAGAGUCUGCUCAUGUCUCAUUGGUCACCUUAUAACACAAGAACUAGAGGCAAGUCACCCUUGAUCCUGAGUGUCCACCUAGGAAUGGACUGAUGACAUUGUUAGCUAUUAUUGCUAUCAGUCAAGGCUUUUUUGACAAGAGUCAAUGGACAUUCGGCCCAUGCUGUCUAAGAUGCCCUCUAUGCUAAUUUCCUUUGCUGGCAUUAAGCUUGUAUCUCUAUAUUCAAUUUCAAUCCAAGUACUUGUAUAAAUAUUUUAGAAACCCUGUAAUUGUGCAUGCUUCCACCACUUCUUCUGACGGUUAAUUUCAUAUAACCUCCACUCUUUGAAAAAAUUGUCCCUCAGAUUGUUAACGUUCUACUAUCUCUCCCUCUGGAAUUCUUUUAAAGCCUGAAUGUGCUAAUGCCAGCAAGCUGUGAAACAUCGCUGCACACUGCAUUUCAAUAUUAGCUGAUUUUUAAAAAAUUCACGUGAUGAAUGAUAUUUUUAACGUCAAAUAGAAAAACAGUACUUUCUGCUAUAAAUGAACAUGAAAAAAUGCAGAUUUUGGAAAUAAAAUCCUUGAAGUGUACAUAUUCAUGAUUUAGCUUGGGUAGCUGGUGGGAAUCCUUUCUCUAUGACUGAGUUGUCUAAGAACAGAGGACAUUGGUUUAGGUUAAGGAGUAUGAGUUUUUGAAGGGACCUGGGGCAUCUUUUCACCCAGGGUGUGGCUGCAAUUUAGAAUGCACUAGCUGAGAAGCUGAUUGAGGCAGGUGCUCUCCCAAUGUUUAAGAGACAUCUAAACAAGCCUACAAUACUGGACAGUGAGCAGUUUCGCAGUAGCAACACUACAGUACUCUUUCACAUAUGUAUUGUGUUUUAUAGAUGACAAAAAUGGCUUUGGCAAGCCGUUUUCUGAGAUCAAUCCAAUUAUCACACGGUUGUUUGCAGGGCUUACUAGGUGAAAUCUAGCUGUUUUCUUGAUAGUGUGAUUUGAAUUCAUAGAUUCUUCAUUAGCUGCGAAUCUCUCUGAACUAUCUGAAAAAGUUGAGUAAAUAUAAUCACCUGCAUGUGUAAAAAGGAGCAAGGGAGCAUUUAAAGAUUUGGCUUUGUGAAGGCAGGGGGUGAUUCACAUUGCCUGCUUUUGCAAUGAAAAGAAAAAAGGUGGCUGGUCUAGUCAAAUCUAUCCCACGGCAAUAAAAAUAAAGUGCUGGUUCUUGGGCGUGACUGCUUUUUCUCUAUUCUCCCAAGUCUCUGCAUUUUAAUAUAAAGAAUUCAUCAUCCGCAGUAUUUUUCUUUCUUUCUGUUUCCAGCUGCAACAUUAUGCAAUGUGGAGCCUACAAGUACCAGGUCGCAUUUCGCGCAAGCAUGCGCACUGACACUCCCCGGGCUGCCUUCGUCGGAAGCCCGGGCACCGGGGCUCGCGCCGCAGCAUCUCGCGACCAGUCAUUCAGCGGUGGCGCGGCUGCGGAGCGCGCAGCACAACCAUGCCCCGCGCUGACCGGCACAAGAAAUAAUUUGUGGGGCGGAAUAGAUCCGUAUAUAUCCACAAGGAAAACUAUUUCUAUUUGUACUAUUGUCCAAAAUAAAAAUGACUAAGAACGCAGAAGGCUCGCGGGAGGACCUGUCAAAAAUUGCGGACGAAGAGCUGAUGAAGUGGAGUAAGGAGGAGCUGGUGAGGAGACUUCGGAGAUCUGAUGCCGAAAAGAUGACGGUCAUGAUCGAUCACAGCAACCUGAUCAAAGAAGUGAACCGGCGGUUGCAGGUGCACCUGACUGAGAUUCGGGGGCUGAAAGACAUCAACCAAAAGCUACAGGAGGACAACCAGGAGCUCAGGGACCUCUGCUGCUUCCUGGACGAUGACCGGCAGAAAGGCAAGAAGGUGUCGCGGGAGUGGCAGCGGCUGGGCAGGUACACUGCGGGAGUGAUGCGCAAAGAAGUUACCUUGUACCUGCAGAAAAUGAAGGAGCUGGAGGCCAAGCAGGACGAGGUGGUGAGAGAGAACUUGGAGCUGAAGGAGAUGUGCCUGCUGCUGGACGAGGAGAGGGGUGUGGGCAGCCGUUGCUCCAUAGACAGUCAGUCCAGUCUGCUGCACCUGAGCGCCACAAGUGGUUCAAGAGAUGUGGGCGACGGGAGCAGUACCUCCAGCACGGGCAGCACCGACAGCCCCGAGCACCACAGCCAGCUGGCAGGGGGCAGCCCCGAGCAUCUCCAGAAGCACCGGGCACCCGGCGGGGGCAGCCCCGAGCACCUGCAAAAACACCGAGGAGGAGGUAGCCCCGAGCACCAGAAGCACAGCCUGAACACCGGCAGCCCAGAGCUCCUGCCCAAGCACAUGAGCGGCAGCGCCGAGCACCUCCCCAAGCACAUGAUCAGCUCGAGUCCCGAGCACCCAAAGCACAUGAUGAUUGGCACCCCGACUCCGGAGCAUCUGCAGCAGCACCGGGGUGCUAGCCCCGAGCGCCUUAAACAACACUACGGAGGCAAUUCUGAGCACUUUAAACACCUGGGCAGCAGCAGCAGGGAAGGAACUCUGCGGAGACCAUCGGCGGCAGCAGCAGACGAGCUUUCGCCUCAUCACAGAAGUAUAUACAAUGGGAUGAAUGAGCCGGCACUUACCUAUGUCAAACAGCUGGAGACCAGAGUGAAACAGCUUGAGGAAGAGAACCGGAUGUUACCCCAGGUGCAGAGUGAGCAAGAAACAAAAGCAGAACACUCAUUACCCAAGGCUGCAUUUGUGCGGAUGUCAGAGGCUGAUGGGACUUUGUCAAUUCCAAGCCAUCAGGCUGGCAAAUGUGGAUAUAAUUCACCAACUCAGAAACCUGAGGCUGUGGUCCAUGCUAUCAAGGUUGUGGAAGUGCAUGAAAGUGUGGAAAAGGAAGAGAAAGAGAAAGACCUGAGUGAAACAGAGAAAGCUAUUGUCAGAGAAAUGUGUAAUGUGAGUAAAUUGUGCCACAGCAUUCAGCUCCUGCUGUGCCUCCCGCCCAACUCGCAUAUAGUGGAUCCUUAGUCAUUGAGAGCAAACCAAGUAAGAAUACGAAUUCAAGAGCAAAUGUUGUACUUUUUUUUUGUAAAAGUAAAGCCCAUUUAUGUAGCAAAAGGACUUGUUUCUUGUUUCAUUGCAGGUACAACAAGCAUUUUUGCUCUCUGGUGUGGUUCUCAGUUUAUUUUGUGCUGGAACAAGUAUGAAAGCCUAACCAUAUCUUAAAAUAGAUCAUUCAGUUUAAUAUGUCAUGUUCAGUUUGUUGUAUUAAUUGUUCCUAAAACCAAGUUAUUAGUGAGUUCUGUACUAACAAUAGAGUGUUGACCUUAGUUGUCUGUAGGAGAAAACUCAGCCAAUAUUCUAUAGCAGCUCGGUCUUUCCUGAGCAUCAGAAGCCUCAAGUUUCAAUCCCAAAAGCCAGCAUACUAAUGAAACUCAGAUAGCUUCAAGAUUUCUUAUUAAAUGAACCAUAAUAUGAAUAAAUAACGAAGGCAUUUUGUAGGAAACAUUGUUAAAUCCAGAUGAGAAGAAAUAAGAGUAUGUAAUGUUACACCGUUGUGUGGAUUGUGUGGAUGUAACAGGCAGCUUGUGGGCAGUACUUUAAGUAUGGAAAGAAGAAUGUUGUAAUGGCCGGAAAGAAAGUGAAAAUUCUAAACCAGAGAAUAACAGAAUAAAUUAUAACUUAUAGAUAACAGUAAUAUAAUAGCAUCUAUGAGUGAUUUUAAAUGCUAUUAAUGAAUUCAGAGAAAAAAAUAAUAAAUAUUUGAAUAAAUAUGGUUGAUGAAGCCCUCUGGGUUUUAUUUUGGAUCCGUAAGCUUUCAAUGUCAUAGAAAUAACCCUAACUUGAAGCAAACAUUCAGACAUUAUCAUUAAAAGCAUUAUUCAUAGAGUUAGUGGAGGCUAAAUUCCAUUAAUACAUUUUCUGUUUAAAAACUAUCAAAUUAUAAGUAUCAAACUUACAUAAUUGCUACACAAAAAUCAGAAGUAUCUUCAAUCUUUUCAUAUUUUCAGUCACUGCAAAACCUAGCUGCGUUAAUCAACCAGCAGUAAACCUGGCCAAUUUCCAGCUCAAUUUGUAAUCUGUUCUUUUUUAAACAUAGAAUUCACAGCAUAUAAAGUGACCACUUAAUCCUAUCUGAUUCAUGCCAGAGUAUGUGCAUUGGAUGAACCUAUUACAUUUGUAAUGAAAGAUUCCUCCUGUACUCUGGUGCACCGAAUGAUGCAAGCAAGGUUUUAAAUCAGUCGUAUUUGAGGUUGAUUAAAUGUUUCUGGGAUUUAAAAAAAUCAAGGCCAUUAAGCAGAGUUGUAUAAAGAAGACUUCCUUAAUUUUGGUUCUAGUGCUAGCCUCAGCCUGUUUCUCCAAUGUGCAUCACACAGCCACAAAUCCCAUGGACAAUUCUUGUCCUAUGUGGUGCAUAUUGCAUGACUCCACUGCACCUAUUUGGCACACUCAGUGCAUUAACCAGACAGACCCAGGGAAAACCAAUAAUGAAAGUUGUAGAUUUUGCAAUGUGCAAUGAUUUUCAAUGUCCUUUUUAUCUUUAAAGUAAUUGAUUUGCAUGGAAAUAUGGCAACCUGCAAUCUAGUUUCUGGAUGGUGCCAAGUGUGGAGAUGCAACAAGUUGUGUAGAGUGGAGCAAGAAGAAGUAAAGAAACAUAAACAGGUUUAAUAAAAAAUAUAAAAACAAUAGCAAUUCAAGUAUGAUGUAAUGAAAUGGAAAGCCUUUCACAUUGGAUCCAAGAAAGACAAUAAAUUGGAGCAUUUCCUUCACAUUGAGUAAAUAGGAAAUACAGAUGAGCAAAGUGAAUUUAUUGCCGAUGAAAAUGCAAUAUGAAGAACUAAAUGAACAGAUACUAAAAGUAAUCAGUAAUCUACAAAUUUGGAAUACAAACUUAGACACCAACUGUAGUGAGCCUUCUUUGGAUCAUGCAUAGAAAAUUAUGUCAGUUUUGGAAACAGCACCACAGCAAAGUUACACAAGUAUCAGAGGAAUUAUAAUAUAAAUUCAAUGGAAUGAUACUAUGGUUUAAAUGAUUAAAUUAUGAGUUUAAUGUGACUUGUACUCUUUUGCAAGGAGAUGAUUAAAAAGAUAAUCCAAUUGACAUGCUUAAAUUGAUACUCGGAUUCAAUAGUACAGAUACCAAAAAGUAAUUUCUUCUGAUGGUGCAAUCUAAAGCAUGAUCUAAUGAGUUAUAUAACUGCCCCCAUUCCCUCUUGUUGAAUGUUAUCUUGGGGGCGUGACAAACAAAACUCCAAAGUCAAAAUUAUCAAUCUCUUCUUUCAAGUGCCUGCUGCAAAACAAAACAGAGAAAACACAUGAAGUGCAGAUUGACUUCUGGUCUGUAUUUUUUUUAGGCAUUCAGUUAAGCUAAAUUUGAAGUACUUUCUUGAUUUUCAUCCAAUUUUGUCAGCUGACUAGCAUGCUGGGGGAAGUAGUGGCAGAGGGUGCUGGAGAUUUGUAUAUUUCGGUAGUUUUAUGAAAUAGUUUAGCUAAUGCUUGAUUAAUUAAUUUGCAAAAAUACACAAAAAGUAAAACAAAGAUGUUUACAAUUUAUUGAUAGUUCAAGACAAUAAAGACAUUUUUUGCAAACACAGAAAAGUGUGCAAGAUCAGUUUGAUAAUUGCUGUAAUUGAAGAAUAUUAACUGCAAGCUGUUGAGUAAUCUGAAAUACAGGGUUUACAUGAGUUCUAUACAUAUUGCUCUAUUCCAUUGCUUAGAGAUUCUGCCCUUAUUGCUUUACCCUAUAUUUGUGCAUAUAACUUUGAAGAGAUGAACAAAUUUCUUCAAAUAGCAAUAUACUUGGUACUCACCUGGAUUCUAAGCUCCCUCUCAAGUCCUGUGAUGGAAUCUGGAGGCCCGCCCCUCUCGGCAUUGGAAGCAGAAACUUCCAUUAAAUCUAGCAGAUGAUGAGAGAGACCAUAGGAUCUGGGCACCAUGUCAGCACAUAAAGCAAGUGUUGUCAGUACCCAGCAAAGGCUGCACUCACCAUGUCAGCCAGGAAUACAACCCUGAGUUCCAUAUUCCAACACGGUGUGCCUGCACCACUCAAAACUGCCCAUACAACAUUGGCAAGCACAUAAUCUGUGGGUGAUUAUGCCCAAGUGACCUGUGAGAGGCAAGAUCUGGCAGUAGUUUUCAGCACAACUGGAUGCUGCAAUGGGAAGGGUAGGGGUCUACACCAAUUCCUGGCACAACAAAACACAGCCCAAACAGAUACCUAUUUUGAAAUAUGGAACGGGGAGCGGGUUUGGUGUGAGUAAGUGUGAGGUAUGAUUGAAGGACUACGAAUAUUUCCAUGAAUCAGCACAAUUAGCAGGAUGCCAGCAUAGAGAAUUGAAAAUAAACAUUGAUCUCCUAGUUGCUUAUAUAAAUUUCAUUAAAAAUAAUUUCAAUAAACACAAUUUUUAAACUGCAACUAUUGCCUGUUUCUUUUGGGAAUUAUACAGUUAUUUAUGCAGUACAUUUUAAGAGCAGGGCGCAUGAUAGGAGAUGCUGUGAUAAACUGAUUUUUGUUAGGUUUGCUACACAGGCCAACGAGAGGAAAAUCUAGAAUGUGAAAUUCUGUGUGAGCUUCUGAGUGCAUGGUUAAAGGCAUAUAUGACAUGCUAGUCUGAAAUAAGAAAACAACCAUCUGUUAGGUGAUAUGUUCUGAACUCAUGGAGCUAGAGCACUGUUUUGAAAUUAUCUUUGUUUUUGCUUGUUAAUCUUCCCUAUAUUAUGUCAUGCCUUCUUCUUUAUCAGUCAGCAUUAAUUAAAUCAUAUUCCACUCUGAAUCACUUUGAUACAAUCGUGUAGAAAUAGAUGUUUUUAAGUCCUACAGGUCCUUGUAACCUACUAUUUGAAUCUGCGGUGUAUUUGAACGUGUUCAUCAUUUUGAAGCAAUCACAAUCUGAGUGUUUAUGACUUUAAAUAUCUAAAUUUGAUUUGUAAGAUGGUUUAACAUGUUCACUAUGAAACUGGUGUGUUAAUUAGCAAGGAUUAUUUGUGGAAAUCCUAUACACUUCCAAAUUGGAAUUUGAGUAUGAAGGUGGGUGGGUGUUGUGAAGAUUAAAACAUUGAAACAAUUUGUGAUAGUUAGAAAUUUGAACAUUCAUUCUGAUAUAUAGACCCAGUUCUCCUUUGAAUAAUUCCUUCGAAUGUUAUUAAAAAGCUGUGUUUGCUAUGAACAAUUUCACUGACAUCCUCAGAAAACUAUUGUGCAAUAGCCACUAAGAAUGGAGACUGAAGAGAAUUAGAUCAAAUUUUCAUUGUGUGCAUACUCAUUGCAAGUUUUGAUAUGCCUUCCACUGAAGUUGUGUUUUAGGGAAAUCCUGUCCGCUAAUUGCCUUCGUUGCCACUCGUUCAAUUUUUAUUUUCAUUUCUGGCUUUCCUCUGGAUUCAAAUAUGGCCUUAAUUCAGGGAAUGGGAAUUAGCUUUUUUCCCCCUUUUGACAUCAAUAUAAAAUUAAAAUUAAAUAUUAGGGAGGAUAUCAUCAAGAAAAUAUUAAGUCAGUGUUCAUACAAUAUUUAAUAUUGACCACAUUCUAUUCAAGCCAACCAUGGACACAUCAGGAGCAAAAUUCAAUAGCAGUUCUUCUUUCCGUAGGGUUAAAUAUACAUUCCUAACUGGCUCUUUACUCCUACACAGUCACCAUAAACUGCAUUCCAGUGGUUGAAAUAAAUGUAGCUGAGGAUUAACAGAGGAAAUUGAAAGGCUUCCUCAUACAUUUUUCUCCAAAUUUUAAUUACAUUUUCACAGCUUUCAUUCUCUAAAGGCUCUGCCACUGUUUUUUCUGUCACAUUUAAUCAACUCUUCUGGAAAUACAGCUUUCAUCUGAGGGUAUGCAUUUCCCAAAAGUAAUCAUUAAAGUUCAAGUUCAUGUUCAAAUUAGUUGUCAUCUGACUGUACGUAUAUACAACUAAAGAAAGCAACAUUCCUCUGGACCAUUGUGCACCCAUGAAACAUAUAUCACUUACAGCAUAUGAACCAAAACAUUAACUUUUGUUCUCUUCAUUUGUUUUGAAGAUGAGAAGAAUGAUGAUAUGGGGAGGCAAUAUUAGAAAUUCAUUGAGAUACUGCAGAAGAUGUUUACUUCCUGCUCUACUACCUAGUGAGUGUAUAAAGAUCAAAGCUCUCUUGCUCGGGUUUCUCUGAGCUGCCCACUACCUGGCUUAGGAUGUGGCAAUCCAGUGGUGCAGCUAGUAAAGCCUCUGCAUCACAGCUCCAGUGAGCUGGAUUACAUCCUGAUCCCCCAGGUUGUCUUCAUUAAGUCUGUGCCUUCUCCCUGUGACCACAUUAGUUUCCUUCAGAUAUUCUUGCUCCUACCACAUCCCAGAAACAGGCAGAAUGGUUGGUUAGUUGCCCCUAGUGCAAUGGUGAGUGGUAGAAUAUAGAGGGGUGAAUUGGGGUGGAGUGGGGUGCGAUUGUAUCUCAUAAACACCAUCUGAUGCUAUAUUCUAGAUAAUUUAUAUAUGUUUAACUAAACAUUUAUUCCCAAAAGUCACUCUGUGAGUGGCAUGUGGUUGAGCUGGGAAGAUUGUCCAAACGAUUGCAUGAAAUAACACGUUUCAGGAAUGCAGCCAUUGGCAUCGUUUUUCAGAUAGUGUGAAACAGAGUCAGAUACAACCUAGGAGGGUUCAGGUAAGUGCUUAUGAUAUCUAUGCACCUUUUGCAGUAUAACAAUUGCAAGGCACAGGCUCUGUGACUAGAAUAGAUAUUGCAAGCCUAGUGAAAGUAUUAUAAGGUGGAGACUUUUGAUUCAAGCUUUUGAAGACUGAACUCUUGACCUCUGCCUUUUAUCUCAGAGGAAAAAUAGCAUGCUUUUCCUCUUACAGACCAAGGUCUUUGUCUCCACAGAAUCAAACAUUAAAACCUUUCUGAUCCACUCUUUAUAUUAAGUAGCUGUCUCAGGCCUAGUGCAAGACUUGAUAAGCUACUAUAAAGGAGACGGUGAGGGUUUGGCAGUCAUUGUGCCAUGGAAGUAUUCAGGUGGUUACUGCAGUAGCUAGUUCUUGCAUUCGAGAAACCUGCCAUAAUGAGAAAAGGAUACGAGUUUGCUUAAAUGUACAGACAGCAACAGUUCCCCUGUGAGUGAUUGACAGAUUGGCUCAAGAUAUGACAUUGAGAAGCACAUAUAACCAAAACUAUGCACAAUAAGCCAUGCUCAGCAGUUACCAAACCUCCUCUAAUCACAAUUACUUCCAAUAUUGUUAAGUCCAACAACUUCUCCAGUGUGAGCGCAUAUUACCUGCAGUGAUUCUUCUUGAAGUAGUCAUAGGGUUUCCUGUUGUUUUCUUCUUGCUGAAGUUUCUAAUCUGUCGUUAUGUGAAUCUUCCAUUCCAGGGUGAAAACUAACACUUAAAGCUCCUGCGGGAGGCUUUUGUUUUGCUUUGAAUCAACAUUCUUUCAGAAUGCUGAGAUUUCCUUGUGGUAAGCAAUAUAAAUAGUAGUAUUUAUGUAUUUAAAAUUUGUUUUAUUGAAUUUUCAAAUAGGUUACAGAAUAGAAAGAAAAAAUAUAAUAUCAGCCCUCCCCCUUCCCUUAACCCCUCCCCCCUGACAUAUCCCUAUAUAUAUAUGAAAAAGAGGGGAAAAAAAGAAAGAAAGAAAGAAAGAAAGAAAGAAAGAAAGAAAGAAAGAAAGAAAGAAAGAAAGAAAGAAAGAAAGAAAGUAAGUAAGUAAGUAAGUAAGUAAGUAAGUAAGUAAGUGAGUGAGUGCCUGGAUAUU